AUGGAAAGCAAUACAUCUGUGCUAGAAUUCCACAUUUUGCCAUUCUUCAUAAAAGCUGACAAUAAACUCUUCAUAUUCAGCAUUGUCUUCUUUUUCUUAAUCUAUUUCUUUGGAAUUUUGGUAAACUUCAUUAUUAUUACAGUGAUAUUCGUGGAUCCCCAUUUGCACACCCCGAUGUAUCUAUUUCUCUGUAACCUGUCCAUUAUUGAUAUAUGUUAUACAACUAUAAUUGUUCCAAAACUCCUCUACAUCUUACUCUCUGGGAAUAACACCGUGUCCUUCACACAAUGCUUCAUCCAGAUGUAUUUUGUCUAUCUUGCAAGCACUACUGAGAUCACAGUUAUAUUUAUAAUGGCCUAUGAUCGAUAUGUUGCGAUUUGUCACCCGUUACACUAUCACCGUAUACUUAACAAGAAAAUCAGCAUAAUAUUAAUUAUGAUCACCUGGAUUUGUGGUUUUUUAAAUUCAUUGUUAUUUACAAGUUCUAUCUUAAAAAUGUUCUUCUGUUCUUCUUCUACUAUUCAUCAGAUCUUCUGUGAUUCUAAAGCUCUGCUCAACAUUGCCUGCAGUGGUACUGAAUUGUUUUACAUUGUCUUGUAUACAGAGUGUUUUAUAUUUGGGCUUUGUCCAGUUAUAUGCAACUUGAUGUCAUAUGUACAGAUUAUCAGAGUCAUACUACGUAUUAAAUCUAAGGAUGGCAGAAAAAAGGCCUUCUCCACCUGUUCAUCCCACCUAAUGGUUAUGGUCAUCUACUAUGGAUCUUGUGUAGCUGUGUAUUUGAUACCAGGUUCAGAUCGCUAUGCUCUACUUGAACAGAUCUUUACAGUGCUCUUCUCCACAGUGGUCCCCAUGCUGAACCCUCUCAUAUACAGUCUACGAAACAAUGAAAUAAAGAAUUCAUUGUGGAAAUUGUUGGCAUAG